GCGGGGCGAUCGCGGGGCGGCGGCGGCGGCGGGGCCGGGCCGGGCCCGGCGAGGCCGCGGGGCCAUGACCGAGUACAAGCUGGUGGUGGUGGGCGCCGGCGGCGUGGGCAAGAGCGCGCUGACCAUCCAGCUGAUCCAGAACCACUUCGUGGACGAGUACGACCCCACGAUCGAGGACUCGUACCGCAAGCAGGUGGUGAUCGAUGGCGAGACGUGUCUGCUGGACAUCCUGGACACGGCGGGGCAGGAGGAGUACAGCGCCAUGAGGGACCAGUACAUGAGGACAGGGGAGGGCUUCCUCUGCGUCUUUGCCAUCAACAACAGCAAAUCCUUCGCCGACAUCAACCUCUACAGAGAACAGAUCAAGAGAGUGAAGGACUCAGAUGACGUGCCCAUGGUGCUGGUGGGGAACAAGUGUGACCUGCCCACGAGAACAGUGGACACAAAACAGGCCCAAGAAUUGGCAAAAAGCUACGGAAUCCCCUUCAUAGAGACCUCUGCAAAAACCAGACAGGGUGUGGAAGAUGCUUUUUACACCCUGGUGAGAGAGAUCCGGCAGUACCGGAUGAAGAAGCUCAACAGCAGCGAGGAUGGGAACCAGGGCUGCAUGGGAUUGUCCUGCCUUGUCAUGUGAAAAGAUGCCAAGAAAAUGUGGUUCAGGUGCAGCUGCUGGAUGAGCCUCGAUCUCCUGUGCUGCCUCCUGCUGAUGCCUGCAGUGUUUCGGUGCCAGUGACAGACUCUAAUUAACAGCAGAGUUAAUUAGCACAAGAUCCUUCUCCAUGCUCCAUCUGAAGAGAACAUCCAUGGCAUCUACCUCCCUGCUCAGCUCUUGGAGCAGCAGCAUCUCUGGAUGUGCUGGGAUUCUUUCCUCACUGUGUCACCUGGGUUUGUUCAAGAAGAAAACCAGUCACAAAAGUGAACUAUAGAGACUAAAUGCUGUGAAAAAGAUGACACUUUACCUCUAGAGUAAAAGCUAGAAGUGCUGUGUGUCCCCUGUCUGUUGGAAUCCGUGCAGUGCUGUCAGAGGAGUGGCACAGAGCAAUGUCACACGGGGUUGUGCCACCAGGAGUGCCCUGUCCCCUCUCAGCUGGGUGUCUGCUCUCUGUGCACCUGUACAGCAAAAGUGCAACAUCUCCAGUGCCAGGAGUGCCACCUACCCGAUCCUCCAUUUCUGUAAUAAAAAGGAAAACCUUUCCUAGCUAAGUGCCUGUUUGCUAAGAAGAUUUCAAGUUGUCCCUUGGGUUGAGGAAAACCCCAAGGAUUGGAAUUUCUUGGGAGCUCAUUGUCUCAAGCAGGCAAGUGUGGUGUGGGUGAUGUGUGCCUGCCAGGAUCCUCCAGCAGGAAUUUGGAGGCUGGAAGGUCCAGCAGGCACUUGUGAGACUCUUGGACAAGGGAGGGGACACACUGCAUCUGUGUUUUACUUUCUUUGUGGGUGGAACAGUUUAUAUUCUGUAUUGUUUUCCUGCAGCAUUCAGAUCUCUUCCAAGUUGGACCAAACCUGUCAGCUGUUCAUUUUUAACAUGAACUGCCAACAUUUCUGGGCAGCUUCUCACUAAUUAAUCUGGUAACUGGAGGUUGCUUUGGACAGCUGCUAUUCAGCUCUCUCUGUGACUUACAAAUUGUUUUAUUCUGAAUUAUUUUCUUACCACAGACUGUAAAGAGUCUCUUCAAAAUGUCUCUAGACUGUAAAAUGUAGUUGGAGUUUCCUUGUCAGGGAGGGAGUGUGGGGGGGUGGGGUUGAACUCUGUUAGGGGUGCAGAAAGUGGCUGCUCCAUCCCUGGCAGUGUCCAAGGCCAGGCAGGAUGCAGCUUGGAGCAGCUGGGACAGGGGAAGGUGUCCCUGCCAUGGCAGGGGUGGAACUGGAUGAGUUUUAAGGUCCCUCCAACCCAAACCAUUCUGGGGUUGUGUGAUGAAGGGGAGAAGGCUGAGAGCUGCCACAGACACCUGAUUGCAGCAUCCUUGCAAAAUGAGGAACUGAGUUCAGGGAUGGCUGCACAGGAGGUGUGGGACAGGCUGGUGGGAAUUCAGGGCUUGCUCUGGCAGCCUCCAGCUGAGGGAAUUGGGAGCUGAGCAGUUCUCCCCAGAACAAAUCCCAGAUGUGCUCAGUGCUGCAGGACCCCAGUGCUCCUUCAGUGCUGCCUCCUGCCCUGCUCCCUGAGUGCUGGGGCUGGGUUCUGUCCUGUGCUGGGCCAGGGCAGCUGAAUUCCCUCCCCUGUGGAAGGAAGGAGCCCUCAGCCAACAGAGGGAGCAUUUGGUCAGAGCCAGGCUCAGUUUCAGGUUGUUGGUGUCAGUCACACAUCUUCAUUUGGAGUGCUCAGUUUCAAAUGGACAUUAGAAAAAUCAGUAAACAGAGAAGAAUUUUUUCCUUUUAAUAUUGCUUCCUUCACUACUUACAGUCUUAAUUCUCUUCUGGGAAUGAAGAGCAUCAGUCUGCAUCACAUUUUCUUUAUCUGUGAUAAUCCUUAUAAAUACUUCUUUCAAUUUAUUUUGACUUUGACUGACGUGACUGAUAAGAAUUAAACCCGCAAAAAAAUUACUGUAAAAUAUUAUUUUCCAGCAAUAUACACACAGUGGUGGGCAGAAUUGUGGGGGCCAUUAGCUGGUGGCUCAAAUUCAGUUUGUUUGAUGUUGCCCAGAGCAGCUGCCCCAUCCCUGGAAGUGUCCAAGGCCAGGAUGGAGCAGCCUGGGACAGUGGAAGGUGUCCCAUGGGAUGAGCUUUAAGGCCCCUUCCAGCCCAAACCAUUCCAUGCUGAUCUCAUCCUGCUGCAGGUUAAACCUGACAGAACUGCCACCAAUGCACAGCCAGGCUGAGAAAGCUUUGUCAGGAUGAGUUUUCUGUGAAAGUCUUCCCUGUGGCAGGAGUUGAGGGUCUGCUCCUGAAGAGCUGUGUGGCACAUGGGUUCAUAAAAACAGCCCUGGGACAUGAGGAAAAGCUUUUGGGAUGCACAUCUGCUCACACAGAGCCAGCAGGAAGGGGCAGUGUGGAGUUUGUGAGGACACUGAAAGGUGACAUUCUGACAUCCAGGUCUGUGGAUGGGGUUUGAUUUCGUGGGAAAUGCAGGAAUUUGUUUCCUGGCCAGCAGGAUUGCUAGGAGCAUGGCUCAUGGGAAGCCUCUGGCAUUGGAUGUUUAAAGGCUGUGUGGUCAGCCUGGAGAAUUAUUUAGGUGGAGGUUCAUCAUAGCAAUGCUCCACACUGCUCAGUGUGCUCUGGCUGGCAUUAAAAUGUACCAGCUGUAGCUCCAAAAGCUGGGAAUUCUCAGAAAUGUGUGGGAACUGACUGGAAAAUGCAUCUGCUUCUCUUUGCUGUUCCCUUUCUCUUGGGCUCUGUAAAACCUGAACAGGGAGAAAGGAUAGAUCUCUAUUAGUGUCACCUUUGGAGCCUUUAGAAGGAUUUUUAGGAUUUUUUCAGUUUUUAGGAUGCUGCAGAGCUGACCUGCACAGGUGAUCCCAUCUCCAGCAGUGUAGUUCCAAAUCCAGCAAAAAACAAAAAAUACAAAAUCAGGGUGUUGUACUGGUCAGGAGUGUGAACUGAAUGGUUGUGAUUUGUUUCCAGCUGUCUCAGAGACCUCUGGGUUUGGUGGCAGCAAAGGACUGGAAGGAGAAAACCCUGUGAACUUUUGGGAAAAUUAUUUAGAAGAUAAGCACAGAAGGUUUUGCACAAGACAGGUCCCUGGAAAAGGUGGUUUAGCAGAUUUGGUCCAAAUAUUGUUAUUGAGAACAGCACAGCUCUGCACUAGUGCCAGGCUGAUUUCACUGCCCUGACUGGGCACAACAGACAUGAACAACUUUUGAGGUAAAAUGUUAAAAAAGGGUAAAGCUGCUGUUCAGAACCUCCAAGUGCCAAUGACUGUAACAGAUGUUCCUGUUGCUGGGGCUGAGCUCUGCAAGGAGCCUCUGGAGCUCUGGGCUUGUUCCUCUCUGGGUCCCCAGCCCUGCUCAGAUCCUGCCCUUGGCCUUGCUAGGACUUUGGAUUUUAAUCAGGAUGUUUAAGCUGCCAUCAUUUUUAGUACAGCUCAGACUUAGAAUUGGAUUUCAAGCAGCCUCAGGCCUGUGGGGGAAGGAGAGCAGUGGAAGUUUGAGUCCCAUUCUGACCUGUGUGUGCUCCUCAAAAUCCCCAAACCUUGAGUGUCUGCCUGUGUGUAACCCUCAGGAUGCUUGGGAAAUGUUGGGAUCUGGAUUUUUAACCCAAGGGCUAAUUUGUUGUUACUUUGUUUAAUUAUUUGCUUUCAAUAAUGCAUCUCUUUUGGUUUGAAGUAAAUUAUUUUGCUUCUUAAAUAACUUUUUUAAAGAAUAAACUUUGAAUUCUU